AUGCUUCCUCUUCUCCCAGCACGCCACCGCCGCCGGUGGCAGCAACUCCUCCUCCUCCUCCUCUUCUUCUUCCAUCCAUGUCUCGCCGUUGAUUUCAUCUUCAAUUCCUUCAACCCAACCAACCCAGGAGUCACCCUCAUCCCCGACGCCCGAGUCGACUCGUCCGUCAUCCGACUCACCAACGACACCAACCAGUACUCCCUCGGUCGCGCUUUUUACCCGACCCGAAUCCCCAUGAGACGAACCACCACCACCGGCGCCGCCGCCAACAACAACUCCACCACCCUCUCUUCCUUUUCGACAUCCUUCAUCUUCUCCGUUCUCCCCGAAAUCGCAACCAGCCCCGGCUUCGGCCUCGCCUUCGUCCUCUCCAAUUGGACCGACCCGCCCAACGCCCUCGCCAGCCAGUACUUCGGCCUCUUCACCAACGCCACCGUCCCCUUCCAAGCCCCACUCCUCGCCGUCGAGUUCGACACCGGCCAGAACCCGGAGUUCAACGACCCCAACGGGAACCACAUCGGCAUCGACCUCAACAACAUCGAAUCAGCCAAGACCGAACCCGCCGGCUACUACAAUUCCUCCGGAGGAUUCGUCCCCCUGGACAUGAGAAGCGGUCAGAACGUCCGCGCUUGGAUCGAUUUCGACGGUAGGAAUUUCGAGAUCAAUGUGACGGUCGCGCCGAUUGGGAUUCCCCGGCCGUCCGCCCCGACUCUUACAUACAGAGAUCCAGCGAUUGCCAAUUACGUCUCGGCCGAAAUGUUCGUGGGGUUCUCUGCCUCGAAAACCACUUGGGUCGAAGCACAGAGGGUUUUGGCGUGGAGUUUCAGCGAUACUGUAGGGGUAGCAGCCAGAGAGCUCAACACCACCAAUCUCCCUGUUUUCAGAUUGCCGUCUUCAGGUUCGAAUUCGCUGUCCGCCGGUUCAAUUGCGGGCAUCGUGAUCGGCUGUGUUGCUUUUCUGGCGAUUUUUGGUCUAGGGAUUUGGUUUUGGAUGAAAAGCAAGAGGAAUCGAGACGAAGAAGAAGAAGAAGACGAAAUUGAAGAUUGGGAACUCGAGUACUGGCCACAUAGAUUCUCCUACGAGGAACUCACCCAAGCCACCAAUGGAUUCUCCAAAGACGUACUCCUCGGUUCCGGUGGAUUCGGGAAGGUCUACAAAGGCACGCUCGCCGGAAACGGGACGGAGAUAGCGGUGAAGUGCGUGAAUCACGACUCCAAGCAAGGUCUCAGAGAAUUCAUGGCGGAGAUCUCGAGCAUGGGGCGUCUCCAGCACAAGAACCUGGUCCAGAUGCGAGGGUGGUGCCGGAAAUCGAACGAAUUGAUGCUCGUAUACGACUACAUGCCCAACGGCAGCCUGGAUCGCUACAUCUUCUACAAACAAACCAAGCUCCUCAACUGGAGGCAGCGCCGGCAGAUCCUCGCCGACGUCGCCGAGGGGCUGAGCUACCUCCACCACGGGUGGGAACAGGUGGUGAUCCACCGCGACAUCAAGUCCAGCAACAUCCUGCUCGACGCCGAGAUGCGCGGCCGCGUCGGCGAUUUCGGGCUGGCGAAGCUGUACGGCCACAACGACGCCCCCAACACGACGCGGGUGGUGGGGACGCUGGGGUACCUGGCGCCGGAGCUGGCCAGCAGCGCCGUGCCGUCGGCGGCGAGCGACGUGUACAGCUUCGGGGUGGUGGUGCUGGAGGUGGCGUGCGGGAGGAGGCCGAUUGAGCUCGGGUCGGAGGCGGAGGAUGACAGGGUGCUGCUCGAUUGGGUGAGGGAUCUGUACGCCGAAGGGAGGGUGGUGGCGGCGGCGGACGAGAGGGUGAAGGGGGAAUUCGGCGCGGAGGAGAUGGAGUCGGUGUUGAAGCUUGGAUUGGCUUGCUGCCAUCCGGAUCCGGAGAGGAGGCCCGACAUGAAGGAGGUGGCGGCGGUUUUGGUUGGGGAGGAGGAUACGGAAGCGGCUACACCGCCGCCGGCCGGGUGGGAUAGUGAGUUGACCGGCGACGGUGGUGGUGAUAAAUUAAAUGAUGUGGGGGCUGAUCAGUUGGUGUGA